UGCCAGCCAGUCCACAGCACCUCAGACCUACCUGUGCUGGAGAGCAAGGGUGACGUCACUCUAGGUGCCCUGUUCUCCUUGCACGACACAGUGCUAGAACCAGAUCUGUCCUUUACCUCUCAGCCAGCACCCACACAAUGUGAAGGGUUUAAUUUCAGGACCUUCAGGUGGAUGCAGACCAUGAUCUUUGCCAUCGAAGAGAUCAACAAAGAUAGCCGCCUUCUGUUCAAUGUUACCCUGGGCUAUAAGAUUUAUGAUUCCUGCAGCACUCAUUUCCAUGCACUGCACACAGCCUUGGCCCUCAUGGCUGGGGAUGAAGAGGAGAGUGUGCAAGCUGGUUGCCGGAGCAAAGUUCCUGUCAUCAUUGGAGAUGGAAGUUCCACGCUGUCACUUGUGGUGGCUCGCUUUCUUGGUGUCUUCCAUGUGCCACAGGUGAGCUACUUUUCCAGCUGUGCUUGUUUGAGCAAUAAACUUGAGUUCCCUGCAUUCCUUAGGACUAUGCCCAGUGAUAACUUCCAGUUUGCUGCCCUGGCACAGCUGGUGAAACAUUUUGGCUGGACCUGGGUGGGUGUGAUUGCAGGGGAUGAUGCAUACGGACGUGGUGGGGCGCAGAUUUUUAUUGAGGAAAUAACAAAGCUUGGGGCUUGUGUAGCCCUCUUUGAGAUUAUCCCCAAAAAUCAUGCUCCAGGUCAUAUUAGGAAGAUUAUAGGGAAGAUCGCCACGUCAAAGACACGGGUGGUUCUGGUGAUUGCGCUGGAGCAGGAUGCUGGGUCACUCUUCAGGCAGGCUAUCCAUCAAAACUUGACAGGAAUUCAGUGGCUGGCUAGUGAGGCCUGGAUUACAGCUGCUGUGCUCUCCACCCCAGAAUUUCAGCCCAUCCUGCAGGGCUCCAUGGGCUUUGCCAUCCGCAGAGCUAACAUCCCAGGCCUGCAGUCCUUCCUACUCCGCCUACAUCCAUCUCAGGCCUGUCAUGACCCCUUCAUUCAUGAGUUUUGGGAGGCAAUGUUUGGAUGCUCGUUGCAGGCAGAGAGUACCAACAAGGGGGAUAAACCUCCCUGCUCUGGCUUGGAAGAGUUGACGAGCAAGAAAAGCAUUUAUUCUGAUGUGUCUCAGCUGAGGAUAUCCUAUAAUGUUUAUAAAGCAGUGUACGCCAUUGCUCAUGCAUUGGAUGCCAUGCUGAACUGCGGAGAACACAAUGGGCUUUUUGUUAAGAGAGUCUGCCCAGACAUGAGGAACAUCCAGCCAUGGCAGCUGCUGCACUACUUGAAGAAGGUGUGCUUUGUAAAUAAAUUUGGCGAGGAGACUAAGUUCGAUGAGAACGGGGACCCAAUGGCCGUGUAUGAUCUGAUUAACUGGCAGCUUGGUAAGGAUGGACAAAUUCAAUAUGUCACAGUGGGGAAGUUUGAUGAAACCCUUAGGACCAAACUGGAGAUUGAAGAAAAAGCCAUCAUGUGGAAUGGCAACCAGAAACAGGUGCCCCUGUCUGUGUGCAGUGAUGGCUGUCCUCCAGGGACAAGGAGGGCUAUUCGGCCUAAUUUCCCUUUCUGCUGUUUUGAUUGCAUUCUCUGUGCAGCUGGGGAAAUUAGCAAUCAGACAGAUUCCAUAGGGUGUGAGAAAUGCCUUCCUGAGUUUUGGCCCAAUGAAUGGCGAAACACAUGUAUCCCUAAGCAGCUGGAAUUCCUCUCCUAUAAGGAUACCAUGGGCAUUGCAUUACUGACUGUGGCCCUGCUAGGCUCCUGCAUCACACUUGCAGUGGUGAUCAUCUUUGUCUGCAAACGCCACACAGCCAUUGUACGGGCCAACAACUCAGAGCUGAGCUUCCUCAUUCUUAGCUCUCUGUGGCUUUGCUUCCUGUGUUCACUAGCUUUCAUCGGGCAGCCUACAGCCUGGUCCUGCCAACUGCGACACACUGCAUUUGGCAUCGCUUUCUCCCUCUGCAUCUCAUGCAUUUUAGGAAAGACAAUGGUAGUAGUCAUAGCCUUCCGUACCACUCUGCCAGGCAGCACAGUGAUGAAGUGGUUUGGUCCACUUCAGCAGCGUGCUGUCAUCUUCCUUGGCACUGCUGUGCAAGUGGCCAUCUGUGGGACAUGGCUGGCUGUAGCACCACCCACCCCACGCCGGCUGAUGACAUAUGAGAGUGGCAGCAUCAUCCUCCUAUGUGAUGUUGGCUCGGCAGUUGCCUUCUCGCUGGUGUUGGGCUACAUUGGCCUGCUGGCCAGUUUAUGCUUCCUUUUAGCCUUUCUGGCUCGGAAGCUUCCAGAUAAUUUCAAUGAGGCCAAGCUCAUCACCUUCAGCAUGCUCAUCUUCUUUGCUGUUUGGGUCACUUUCGUGCCGGCCUAUGUCAGCUCACCGGGGAAGUACACAGUCGCCGUCGAAAUCUUCGCCAUCUUAGCAUCGAGUUAUGGGCUACUUCUAUGUAUCUUUGCUCCCAAAUGUUACAUCAUCUUGCUGAAACCAGAGAAAAACAUUAGGAGACACAUGAUGGCCAAGAUACAUGAUGGCCAACUACAGAGAAGAAAUAUUAGCAUGGACUAG